AUUUGCAAAGUCGACCGUCUACAGCCACCGCACCGAUAACCGGCUCUUGCCACGAAAGAACCUUGAUCCAACUGUUAUCUACAUACUGAAGAAGUGUCCGCGCCACGACGUUUCGUUGCAGCGGCAGUUAAACGAGAGCCGCUUGUAACGUCCUUGUCUGACGAGGAAGGACACUCCGAGAGAGACAUAACCGGUUGCGCGGUGCAUGUUUACUACGCUUGUGUCGCGGCAUCUGCGCCCCACUGUUUUGGUCAGAAGUAUGUCGAAGGCAACGCGAGAAGUUAUAACGUCGGAGCAUGCUCCCAAAGCCUUUGGACCGUACAGCCAAGCCAUUCGGGUCGGCGAUACCAUGUAUGUGUCCGGCCAGAUCGGUGCGGAUCCAAGCACGAGCAAGUUGGUUCCGGGUGGAAUUGCAGCUGAGACGAGGCAGGCCCUGACAAACUUGACCAAAGUGCUGGAGGCUGGCCGUAUGUCUCUGAAGUGCGUUGCAAAGUGCACGGUGUACCUUGGGAACAUGAAUGACUUCCAGGAAAUGAACAAGGUCUACGCCGAAUUUUUCACAGAAAAACAGCCAGCUCGUGCUGCAUUUCAAGUGGCCAAGCUUCCUCUGGAAGCCUGCGUUGAGAUAGAGGCGAUUGCAGUCGACGCGGAGCCGUUGAUACCUGGAAGAUCUCUUGCCAAACUCCAGGCUAUCCGUGUCGGCGACACCCUCUACGUAUCCGGCCUAAGGGGCAUCGAUCCACAAACUGGCAAAGUCAUCGCAGGUGGCUUCGCGGAGCAGACGCGACAGCUUCUUCGCCAAGACGGCGGCGGCUCCAGGCCCGGCGUGCAGAGAGGCGUGGACGAAGCCGAUGGCCGUGGUGGCUCCGAAGGACCACGUCACCGCGGUCCACAUGUCCACGAAGUACAUGAGUGGCAGCGCCACCGCCACGGCCAGCAUCAGCCUGUGGUUCUUGCCGCCGAUCAUCGUGGUCUCGGUGCCCCAGAUGGUCGCGCGGUCCCCUUCCUCGUGGAGCUUGAGCGCUGCGCAGACCAGCACAACCGCGGCGACGGCCAACACCAGCGUCACUUCGCCAGUGACGUUGAGCGCCAGGACGGCGAGCAACAGGGCGAAGUAGUUGCCGCGAAAGGCGUCCAGGUUCGAGGAGAGACGAUCGACGAACUCCUUGAAAGACCUCGGAGGCGAAACUUUCCCGGGGUCCAAGCAGACGCUCCACGGCUGGGCGCGGUUGAACUGCUCACAGCACCAGAAGAUGAUGGUACGGCUCAGAGACUCGGGAUCAUGCCAGAAGCGAAAACGGUCAUCAACACACCUACCGCCCCGGCAGCCAUAGGACCAUACAGCCACGCUGUUCGUGUGGGCAACACCGUGUACGUGUCUGGACAGGUGGGCUCGCACCCAGGCACGAAUAAAUUCGACUCCGGCGUCGCCGCACAGACGAGACAGACCCUCAUCAAUCUUGGAAACAUACUCAAGGCAAGCGGGAUGAACCUCGAUAACGUCGUAAAGUGCACGGUCUACCUGGCGUCAAUGGACGACUUCAGGGACAUGAACAAAGUCUACGCGGAAUUUUUCCAGAAGGACUUCCCAGCGAGAGCUGCUUUCCAGGUGGCAAAACUACCAGAGAAUUCACUGGUUGAAAUCGACGCCAUUGCAGUAGACUUCGCCGCCUGAAAGCGAGACGGUGAUGGUACACAGCCUUUGAAGUCACGGAGCUCUACCUGCUAUAAUAAAGUGUACUAAAGAUGUCUUCGUGUA